AUGCCAUCGACACCAACGGUCCUCGUCGCUGUGGGAUUGGUCACUUUUCUCCUGUAUCGCCUACUCCAGAUUGGUCAACGUCCCAAAAAUUAUCCACCGGGACCCCCGACUAUCCCUAUAUUGGGAAAUAUUCAUCAGAUCCCAACUCAUGAUGUCCACCUUCAAUUCGAAAAGUGGGCACGUCAGUAUGGUCCAGUGUACAGCCUGAUACUCGGGACCAAGACCAUGAUUGUCCUUUCGAGUGACGCCGCCGUCAAGAGUCUCUUGGAUAAAAAGAGUGGAAUCUAUUCCGACCGACAGGAAAUGUAUGUCGGUCAGGGUUUGGCCAGCGGCGGCCUACGACUUCUUAUGAUGGGAUAUGGCGACAAGUGGCGCAAGUUCCGUAAAAUGAUACAUCAAUUGCUCAACGUCCAAUCUGCCCGGUCUUAUGUUCCAUAUCAGGUUCUGGAGAACAAACAGAUGCUUUAUCAGUUUCUAGAACAGCCCGACGACUUUCUCAACCACAUUCGACGAUAUGCCAACGCUCUCACCACCACCAUGGUCUAUGGUUGGCGGACACCGACGUACGAAGAUCCCAAGAUGAUGCAACUAUUCGACGGGUUUUCUGAAUUCGCUCAUCUAAACGCCACCGGGGUGGCCGCCUUGGUGGACUUCUUUCCUCUAUUGAGAAAUCUGCCCGACAGCGUCUUGGGCACAGUGAGGGAAGCCAGACGGUUACAUAAACGCGAAAAGGCACUCUACCUGGGCCAUUGGCUGACAGCCAAAAAGGACAUCGCAGCCAAAGAGAUCAAACCAUGUUUCUGCGUCGGACUCGACCAAGCGCAAAAAGUCGACGGGUUCAGUGACGACCAAGCCUCUUAUAUCGCGGGGACUCUUCUCGAAGCCGGGUCCGACACGACCUCGAGUACACUGUAUGCGUUUGUUCAAGCCAUGCUGUUGUAUCCCGACGUCCAAAAGAAGGCCCAAAUCGAAUUGGACAAGGUGGUCGGGGAGGAUCGUAUGCCGACCAUGGACGACGAUGUCCAACUCCCCUACAUUCGAGCCUGCAUGAAGGAAACUCUCCGCUGGAUGCCGACGACCAUCCUAGGAGCGGUACCUCACGCGGUGACCCAGGACGACUUUUACGAAGGGUACCUGAUCCCCAAGGGAGCGGCCGUCAUGAACAACGUCUGGGCCAUCCACAUGGAUCCUCGCAGACACCCGGACCCGCGACGGUUCAUGCCGGAGCGAUACGAGAAGGAUUCGCAGAGUUUGUAUGACGCCGCCAGCAACCCCGACGCGACGCAACGAGAUCAAUUUUCCUUCGGUGCCGGGCGUCGAAUCUGCCCUGGGAUUCACGUAGCAGAGCGAAGUUUGUUUUUGGGCAUCAGUCGGAUCCUGUGGGCCUUUGAGAUCACACCAAAGUUGAACUCCCAGGGACAGCCGAUCCUUCCGGACCCAAACGAACUCACCCAAGGGUUUGUCGUGUUGCCCGUCGAUUUCCCUGCGCAGAUCAAACCACGUUCAAAAGAGCGUGCUGACAUGGUCAGGAGAGCAUGGGAACAGGCGCAGAGUGAAUGUUUGGAUCCAGAAACAAAACAAUGGAUCACGACGCCUCCUCAAUUGCAAACGACUACAAAGUGA